UGAAUCAACAAUAAAUAAAAAUAGUAUUUAAUUGAUGGUACAUUCACAAUUCCUUCUAAAAUUCCGUGAAAAAAAUUCAAAAGUGAAAAGAUGCCAAAUCAGCAGCUCCCUUCAGAUGAGUGCAUCUCCUCAUCGGAUACCAAUGAAUCCAAUUUUUCUUCCGAUAGUCGGGCAUCUAGUGCCAAUAGUCACAACCAUCUCCAAAUUAUAAAUGAAUACGCAAAUUUCCUACCGGAAGAACCACUCUAUGAACCCAUCGUUUUGCCCACUGAACCCUCCCUGGAAGAGCUACUGCAUCAAGUUACGGGAACCAGACGUCUGGAUACAGUUCAAGAGCUCAAGCUUCGUGUUAUAUCCCACCUAACAAGCCUCCAGAGAAUCCAUUCAUUUGUACCGUGUCUCAUUAGUCUCAAUCUCGAUGGGAGCAUUAUUCAUUCGCUGCGAGACUUGGGAUGUCAUCUCAAUCUUAAGCAACUCAAUGUGAGUCGCUGCGGCUUGAGGACACUCGAUGGGACCAGUUGUCUUAUGACGCUUGAAGAAUUAUUUGCCGAUGGGAAUUUCAUUGAAUUCGUUGAACCUUGCUACAAUAUUCCAACCUUAACAACGCUCAGUCUCAAGGAUAACCGAAUUGCCGAUACUGAUUCCAUUGGUUUUCUAUCCCUCUGCCCAAAACUACGUAAUCUGAAUUUGGCUGGCAAUCCCGUGGCACAACUCAAUAAUUACCGUGAGAGAAUUAAAGAGAGCAUCCCACAGCUAAGAAUCCUCGAUGGUGUAACACUCUAUCCAGAACGUUGUGGGAGUUCAACAUCAUCUGAAUGCUAUAGUUCAAGUCUAACAAGCCCCGAAGAGUCUCUAGCUGUGGAAAAUGCCGAUUUUUUCUCUCCAGAAGAAGCUCUAGAUAAGUUUGACGUUGAGCCGCCCGUUGCAAGACCUGCUACAGCAGGAUCUUCAGAAAAUCGUUCAAGUUCGGGAAUUGUAUCUGGAGCACCAGUUUGCGGAAAUAUAAUUUCAAUGAUAAGACGCCGACGUAAGCCAGCUUGGGGUGAAUCUGAAGGCAGUAGUGAGUCAUCGAGCUCUCGAGAUUCACCACAGCUUCUUGGCAAAUCUUUCCCCAUGCAAUUGCCCCAGAGUUCUGUGGAUCUUGAAUUGGGUGUUUGUGGAACUUCACAAGCAUCUACGUCCAGAGAACAGGACACAACAACUGAGAAUCUCCUUGCGGCAGCUAGAAAAUGGAGGCAGAAUCAUCAGAGAACCAAAGCUUCAAUACAGAGAAUAAGUAGUGCAAGAAGUGAGAAAUAGAAUGUUCUCUGCGUUCUAUG